AUGAUUGUACACCACCAUCAUCAUAUUAUGAAUGGAAAUAAUAAGACGAUUGAGGAGGAAUUGUAUGAAUUUAUACUGCUAGUGGAAAAGAAACAAAACUAUCAAAGCUUACCAAUCUUGCCCUAUUAUUAUGCACAUGUGAGGGAAUUGAUUGGUAAAUGUGCUCCGAAGUGGGAAGUUUUUGAAUUAUUGCAAUUAUUGGAUUCUUCGAGUGGCUAUAACAAUAUUAGUGCAAUGAAUAUUAAUAAUGGAGCUCCAAAUAGUAAUGCAACAAAUGAGUUUGAAAAUGUCAUUCUACUUGGCCUUAACAAAGUGGAAGUAUUUCUUGAGUAUGAAUAUUUCGGAGAGGCACACUAUGAAUUAUGCCGACUUGAGGAUAAGCUGAUCGAAGUAAUAUCUAUGAAUUUCAAUAUCAAGAUUGAACUGUUCUACGUGAGAGUAUUAUAUCUCUUUGCUAAAGUUAUGAAAGGUGUAAAUAGGCUUGAUGAGUGCAGUGAAUAUUUGGAGUCUGCACGUGAACGAGGAGAGAAUUUAAUUCGCCUAGUAUCAGUAACCCAUCCUUGUCCUCAAUCCUAUCCAAGACGAUCUCCUUCUAUUCUUAUGACUUCUAUUUCACAAUCGCACAUAAUUUCAUGCACGAAUUUGAUUCAUAGCAUUCAAUUAGCAUGUGCUGAAAUUGUUCUAAUGCAAGCGAAAAAUCUUAUUGGGGAUCAAUCUGUUUGCGAAUCACAUGAUCAUGAAAAGAUAAUACGGAGCUACUUGUUACCGUGCAUGUUUUACCUCACCGUUCAAGGAAAAGAAAAAUGUUAUUUUUUAGACGACACAAUCUGGUUGGAAGCUGUCGAUAACACGCUGAAGAGUUUGUUGAAACUGAAUUUAAACAAAUUGGGAUCCCGACUUUUGAAACUUGUGGAAAAAACACACACCUCUCAAGUUUCUGAGUCAAAAACAUUUAGAGACUUUGAAGCUGAAUUGAAGAAACGAUCGGCUCCUGAAGCCGAAACCAAAAAGGAUACCAAAUAUCUCCAAAUUAUUCCCCCAAUUUUCGAGCAGUUUGAUGAUGACGACGAUGACGAUGAUUGGGGAAUAUCGCCGAGUGCACAACUCAAAGGACUCUACGCUGGAUAUUUUUCUUCUCAGUCUGCCAAUACAACCGGAGAUCCAAUCCAAGAGCAACUGUUUCCCAACAACUUUUCUCUGUUCAAAGGAAAUAAUUUGGUGGACAAGAUAAAAAAAUAUGAUGACACAAUUCCCCAGCUGUAUUCAUUAGAAUUGGAAGAUAAGAGUAUUCUUACAUCCAAAGAUUUAUUCUUGAAGUGGAUCCGAUCAUUAAAUUUGGAAGAUUUACACAAAUUUCAAACAGAGGAAGAACAAAAUGCUGAAAGAAAUUGUGAUUUUAUUUUGGAGCAGUUUAGACAUGGUAUCGAUUAUGUAGACUCCUUCUCACUAUCAUGGGCUCAAAUGUAUUACGAAUGUGCUUGGAAAUUAGCAAGAAUAGGUAGCCGAGAAUCCCAAAUUUAUUGCUACAAAUUGAUAGGUGAAUACUUUUCAAAAUUACCAUCAGCAAAAAUUACCAAAGAUGUAGACCAAGAAGACGUUCAACAGUUAAAUAGCCUCUUCAAAAUAAGUUUGGCAUUGUUGGAAAUUGCAUCACAUUCGUUAACUCCUGAUUUUUACGACCGUUUUGUAAAUAUGAAAGAUAAUCUGAAUGUUUUCAAUUCCAAAUAUCCUGACAUCAUUGAUUUAAUUGAGAUGAAAGGCAUGUGUCAUAAUAUUACCUUAUUCCUCCGAAAACAAGAAUUUAUUCCUAAAUGUGAGAAAAUUGUUCCGAAAUUAGUUGACAUUUUUGUUAGAAAUAGCCAAUUCACAACAAUUACCUCAACUGUGAUGAUCAUGGACCCUCAAUCUCACUUAUUAAGCCCUCCCACACAUGCUGAAAUUGUUUGCGAAGCUUUAUUAAUUUUACACUAUUUUAUAUUUGGUAUUUCUCCAUUAACUUUGGAGUUUAUUGUUGAUCCGCACAAGAAAGAGUUUAGGCUUGUUGGACUGCAAAACAAAAUGGCCAAUUCUCUCCACCCUGAUCACCAGUACUUGCUAGAUGUGCAUGAUAGGACCGAAUUAUUGAACAUAUUUUAUCACAAAUUGCCGUGUAUGUCAUCAUUGAAGGCCUUUGUUGCCUUUUCCUUGGGUCUCUAUUGUCGAAAUAUUUCGAAUGACACCAAACAAGCGGAAAGAGUUCUUUUCGAGAGUGUGUAUAUUUUCCACCAAACAAGUGGCUUCACAAAAUCUACACCAAGUCUACUGAGCCAUAUUUGUACACGAGCCCUUGUUGAGCUGGCCCAAGUAUUAACAGAUAAUAACAAGUAUGUCUACUCGUCCUUGCUGUUUAAAGCAGCAGUAGAGAAUCAAAAACUUGUGUCUCUUACAUAUGACUACACACUUGUUAGCGAUCUGGCAGAGUUGAGUUUACGAGAGGACGAUUGGCGAUCAGGUGUGUAUUAUUAUACACUUCUACUCAACCAUGCCAACGAAGAAAAGAUGGUUGCAAAAUUUGGACAUUUGUCUUCAAUAUUGUCAUCACUUCAUAUUGAGCGAGGGGACUUUAAGAAUGCAGAAUCCUAUAUUACCAACUCUUUACUGUUUAUGAGAUCUCAAGGAAAAUCUGGAGAAUAUGAGCUGAAUCUUCAUCUCACACUUGCCAAACUCUUUCUUCAAAGUUACAAUUUUGAAAGAGGUUUAGAUCUCUUAGCCAGACUAAUGGAUGAAAAACUGACAGCUAUUCAACGGUGUACGGUGUACAUUAAUUUGGCAGAAGCUUAUUUGAAGAAGAGAUGGCUCAAAGAAUGUGAUUUUGUGUUGGGAAAGCUUGGAAUUUUGUUGUCUGAGCAAAACUCAAUAUUUGAAACAAAUGGAACUGAUCAUAUCAAAAUACUCGAAAUCACAGCGAAUUGUUAUCUACGAUUUUUGAGGUUUUCUGAUGCUCUCUAUUGUGUGAAUAUUGCUAUCUCUCAAUGCACAGCUCCCUUCCUUUUGGCUGAUUUGUUUUUCUUGAAAGGAAAAAUUUUGCAAAGAGUUAGUCAUUACACGAGCCCAGUUUCCUUCCCAACUUCUCUCUCUUCGGCAUCAAAGAUUGAUGUUGUUGAAACUAUCAAGGAACAUUACUGUAGAAAUCACAACACAUUACCAGAUAGCAUUUUGAUGAGCAAACGGUCUCUCUACAAUACUCCUCAAGAAGUUCUUGUUGAUGCUUUGGACUGUUUGCUAAAGGCGAAAGAGUUGUACAACAUUUGCGCAAAUCAAUAUAAGGCAUCGAAGGUCGACAUACUCAUUGCUCGCGCCCAGUUAGAUUUUAUGCUCCUUCCCAUUGUCUUUUGUGGAGUCGAUCCAACCAUUGUAACACUACCCAAAAGCUUGGACAAUAGAUAUUGGCUAAAUUUGAAAGAAAUUGAGGAAAAUCACAUCAUACCUGCUUUGGAGGUUGCCAUAAGGACAACAUCUGUUUUCGUUGCCAUCGACGCUUACGUGACAAUGGCAGAGGCGAGGUACCUCCAAGGCAAACGAGUAAGCUCUGAAAUUUAUUGGAAGCAAUGUAGAGAUGUAAUGUUUACGUUAUUCAUUCACGACAGUGAAAUUGUAGUAUCAAAAGGCGCACCUCCUUCAUUUCUUGAAAAGCUGCUAUUAAUUUUGAAACGACUUGUGAGAUUAAUGUUUUGUUUCGGAAACAAAGAACUAAUCAAUCAUAAUUUGACAAUUAUUGACUCGUAUUUACUGCUAGAAACGGAGCUUGAACAGUUAUUGAAAAGAAAUGGCCCGGAUAGUGGCGAGUCGAACAUUUAUGACUCUACUGCAUCAGGAGGAGAUUCAUCCUCAGAAUCUGAAGUCGAUGAAAUUUCCCUUGUUUCAAGAAAUAAGAUUUAUGAAUCUCUAUGCGUUAUUAAUUCACAAAUGGCGGCAAUUAUGUCUGUGAAAACGUUGCCAUUUCUACGAAAGAGAAGAAAAUCUUCAGUUCGGGUCGCAAGACAAAUGAGAUCCAUGAAUCCUUUGAAGAUGAGUGGAACAGGCUCUCAGUCUACUCAAUCUUCUAAUGGCUCAAAAUCAUCUGAUGGGUUUAUUGAAGGCAACGUUCAAGAUUUAGUUAGUGAAAAGAUAUGGAGUUGCAUAUUUAGAAUGAAACAACACGCUAAAAAACACUAUCUAUCCGAAAAAGAGCUCAAUUUCCGAAAUCAGGAAUCAAUGAGAAGACUCUACAACUUAAUCUCGAUUAUUAAGCAAAAGUCUAUUUCUUCAAGCGACCAAAAAAAGCUUUCCUGUAGCGACUCAUCCUAUGUCGUCAAAAGUAGUCAGAAAGAAGACAGCAAAUCAUUUGAUGACGAUUAUUACAGAAAAUCACUUUCUAUUGAUGCCUCAAUUGAAUCAACGAAACAUUUGGAUAUGAAUAUUCUCGAAAAACUGGUUUAUAUUAUUCACAUGGAUACGAUUAUUACGUUUUAUACUCCAAAGACAGGGCAAAUUAUCCAUCAAAAGUUUGGAGGCUUAUGCAAUGGUCCAUUCAUUAACACAUUUAAGGGCUCCUCAUCUCGAAAAUCGACAGAUUUACUUGUCACUCAACAUCAAGUCAAACCAAAGGAUUCACUUUUUGGAGCACACAAUGUUCAGAAUGUUAGUGCGCCAUCGUCACAAACUACCCAAGUCAAACCUCCCUUUGUAUCACAAAUUGAAGCAUACCUCUACAGUUUACUUUGCCAGAGUCGCAAAGACAAAAAAACAAACAUUCGCAUUGAUAAUAAUUUUGAAACUAUCGAAUACAUUGCUCGAAAUGUCAUUAGAGGCCCCUAUGACUACCAUUCCAAUUCCAGAAACAAGAGAAAAUAUGAAAGAGUACACAAACAAUUAGAAAAAAGCAAAUUUGACUAUGUUGGGCUUUUUAAGAGAAUGAAGAGCAAGUUCUUCUCGCUCACUCCAAGAUCCAUUGAUUUCUCUGGAUUGCCUCGUCUUUCCGAGCUUCCAUAUCCAAAUUCACACCUAAUUUUGUUAUGUAGCAGGAGUGUUCAGGCUCUUCCAUGGGAGUUGAUGUUUGAGCAUUUCAUGACACGAAACUUUUCGCUACAGCGCAUCAUCUCUCAAGACAACACGAAAAACAACAAGAUGAGAUUUAAGCCCCAAUAUUUUUGUUUUUACUCAGAGGAUGAAUUGAAGUACAUUGCUCCUGUAGAAAAUGAAAGAAAAAAGUGGAUCUUUGACACUGUCAAAUCGUCUCUCUACAUACACACAGAGGAAGGAACAAAUAGCGGGGUCUUUCACUAUAGUUUGCCAAAUAUUCCUCUUCAUUGCCCAAUAAUUGGUUAUGGUCGAAAGCCCAAAUCAAAAUCUGAACGCUUCAAGUUUGUGAAUUUUGUUCGACUUUCUUCGAUCAGUGAGAAUCCGACACAAAUUAUCACACACAUUGAAUCGUAUAAUUCUCCUCAAGAUUUUCCAGUUUUUGUUUUUACCUUUGCAGAUUUGAUUGAUUUGAGUGAGGCAAUUAUUUGCUUACUCAAUUUUCGUCCCGAUUGUACAUUGCUGUUCCUUCCAGAGCCUGUAUUAAGCACGGCCUUAGAGUUUCUCAUGGACAUGCAAGUGGUGUACACGAAUAGUGGACAAUUGGCCAAUUCAAGACUAUCUCCCUCAGAGAAUGCAAGAAAUGGAUACAGAUUUUUCAUUCACUCUCUUCAAUUAAUCAAAACUAUGCUCAAAAUUCCUGUCAUUGUCAUUAAUCCACCAACUUAUUGCAACAAUGGAGAGGGCUCUUCGUCUUCAUCGGAGUGA